GUAUUCUUGUAUAUUGAAGAUUUGCUUUCUUGUUUCGCGUUGUGUACUUAAUUGUUUGCUUUCUUGUUUCGCGCUGUAUACUUAAUUGAAACACCCGCCCGAUAAUGGUGUUUCUACUUCAGUUCUUCUCUCCAUACUCGCCUAUUCCAUUCUUCAACGGGCGCCACGUUGAUCCGAAUUUCCCAGCAGCCGGUCUCGCAUAGGUCCCCAGAUCACAACAACCAUGUCAAUGUCAAGGAGAGCUCGCAAUGCCGCUGAGACCCCACCACCACCAGAUGGGUGCACAUCUAUUGAUGACAUUCUGGAUGGUGAGGUCUCGGUAGGUAAAAUGGUUCAUCUUUGCUGCGUUGUCAAAGACUGCCGGGCACCAAUACCCACUAAAGGCAAAGAUCACAAAAUGACCGUCAAAGUGUUCGAUCAUUCAACACAGCAGGAUGGUAGGUCUAUCGACAUCACCAUUUUCCGCCCGGUUGACCAAAUGCCGGAAUUCAAUGCUGGUGAUGCUGUCUUGGCCUUUAAUGUGAAGGUUCAAGAAUUUGGAGGGAACAUCAGUGUCAUCACGCAUAACAAAAGCUCUUUAAACGUCUACUCGGGCAUCUUGCUCCCCAAGCCUUCGGACAAUCGGUCAGCAUCCGUGGCACUUAAAUCAAACCCCAAGGUUCGCGGUCGCUCACCUUCUGAGAAGGACAAUGCGUAUGUCUCAUACAUGUAUCACCAUCUCGAUAAGGACUGCAUCCCGGAUCAAGAGACGUUUCAGGCGGAAGCGAACCAGUCCUUGAAUAUCAGGGACAAGUUCAGCACCCUCGAAAAUAUCACCGAAGGUAACUUUUAUGACAUAAUAGUGCAGCUGGUAAAAGAUCCUUUCGACCAGUUCGGAACUCUUACAUGCUAUGUCACGGACUAUACCACAAAUGGUCGCUUCUUCAACCAUACUCCAGAUGGCAAAGGUCGGGGUGGCACCGAGAGAGACGGCGAUCCAUACAAUUAUACCGCCAAGUUCCAGACCUCCAAGAUCGUGUCUGGCUCGGCCUGGCCCGGCCCCUACGGCCAAAUGUCGAUGCAGCUUACCUGCUGGGACCCACACGCUAUGUACAUCAAAGAAAACAAGCUUGGCGCCGGUACCUGGGUCCGGUUACAAAACGUGAAUAUUAAGUACGGCAGAAACGGAACGCACUUGGAGGGCUUUCUGCGCCAAGACCAGAAAUACCCAGAUAGGGUCAAAGUCGAAAUACUUGAGGUCAACGACUACCGUCUCAAAGAUGCUUUGCGUCGCAAGCAAGAAUACGAGAAACCAAACAAGCGCAAAAGCCCGCACGACCACAAUACUCGAGUUGCUCAACAAGCUCAAGUACGACAAGGACCCGAUGCUGCUCGGGAAAAGGAACAGCGAAAAGAGGAUAUACCCGCCGAAAAUAGUAAUCAGCGACGAAAGAGGCUGCGGUUGGAGAAGCAGAGGGCUGCGGAACUCGCACAGAAGCGUAAGGAGGAGGAGGCAUUGGGCCUGAACAGUUUAGUCAGGUGCGAAAAUUUGAGUCAGGAGGCAAGCCCAAUAUCGAGACUCCUGGAACCCGUAUAUUACGAGACAAACGUCAACGGUCAAGAGAUCCGAUUUCAGAUCCCCUUCAACAAUGUCAACUACCGUACAAAUGUGCGCGUGGUAGACUUCCGCCCCGAGCGGCUCGAGGAUUUUUCCAUUUGCCGUCCCAGGUCCCGAUAUAGCGGUGAUGUUAGUGAUGACAGCAGCUUGUCCGGCUUGGACGAUGAUGAAGACUCGUCCAACUUGGAAUGGUGCUUCUGGUUGCAGGUGGAGGAUGCCAUGGCCUUCAAGAACCGGGAGAAACGCCCCGAAGAGCGCGUCUGGGUGAUGGUGGACAAUCUAGCAGCGCAGUGCUUGGGUUUAGAUGACGCAGUAGAUCUUCGACAAAAUCCAAAUGACCUCUCGACUCUGCGGGAGAAGAUGUCUACCCUUUGGGGGAACCUGGAAGAACUCAAGCGAGAACGGUUGGAGAGUCGUCGCGAUGCUGCAAGGCGCAGAAAUCACCUCACAAUGCCGCCGCUCAGCUCCGAGGGAAAUGGUACUACCCCUGACCCGGACUUGAUGAAGCAUUUGUGCAACGACCCCUUCUCCUGCUGCAUAAAGCAAUACGGUGUCAAGGAGAGGACGGACGAUCCGAAAGAAGCUGAUGCUGGCCCCGGCAGGAAGUGGGUUCGUGUUUUUGGGUUGUUUGGGACCAAGAUUUGCGCUUGAAUAGGGGAUGUUGGAUGAAUUUAUGAUCACUUGUUCUUUUCGUGUAAAUCAGCUAUGUGUUGUUCAUGUCUAUUAUUCGCGGCCUCAUGGCAGGCCCAUGGCCAACAUGUAUCCGGUCCAUUCUACCUAAAUAGUCUGUUUCCGUUGCCAUUUGCCAAUCAUUAUUGUUUUUGC